CUUUUAUAUUACAGUAUAAAAAGCCAUUACUUUUUGAGGAGUGAAAAGUGUAACCAAUUUUUGACUGUCAAUUGAAAUCCCUGUUUAUGUGUUGUGUAUAUGUAUUGUGUAUUGAGUUUGUAAUACACAGUGUAUUGCAUUUGAUUUUUUUGACUGUUGUUUAUUUGAAGGCAACAAAUGAAUGACACAAAUAAUAAUUGUGUCUAACAUUCAAACACAUCAAUAGAGUGAAGGAAAGAAAGAGAGAGAGAGGAAACCAUCGGUUUAUAAGAAAUCAGAGGAUUGUCGACAUCGAAGAGAUCAGAUGUGUUGAUGAAGAGGAAGCGAUCGGUUUUUUUUCUUAAAAGAAGUGACAGUUAAAAGUGUUCCGACAGUCAGUCAGUCAGUCCGACAGUUGAGUUCCCCCGCACUCACAAACGCGAUGUCAUCGGUGCCGGCAUUUGGCCGCUACUCUCAUGCCAUAGUGUCGCGUAUACCCAACUCUUUUGUCAAAUGUAUGCCCACGAGUGACAACGGGAUGAUCAAUGUUGAUGAGGCCCGUCGAGAGCACGAACAGUACUGCAAAGUAUUACGAUCUCUUGGUUUGGAUGUCAUUGAACUGCCACAGGACGAGACGUUUCCCGAAUCGCCGUUUGUCGACGACACGGCUGUCGUCAUCAAUGGAGUGGCGCUAAUCUGCAGACCUGGUCAUCCCUCUCGGGUUAAAGAGGUGGACACAAUUCGAGCUAUUAUUAAGAAAGAGCUUAAACUUCCUGUUGUUGAGAUCGCGGACCCGAAAGCCACUAUCGAUGGCGGAGAUGUACUCUUUACGGGGCGUGAAAUAUUUGUGGGGCUAUCCCAGAGAACCAACGAGUCGGGUGCCCGGGCAGUGGCGGCAGCUUUUCCCGAAUAUCCGGUGACUCCCAUCAGAAUUCCCAAUAAACUAUUGCAUCUCAAGUCAUGUUUAUCAAUGGCAGGAAAUGAUAUAUUAUGUGUCAGCGCAUCGCAAGAAUCACAAGAAAUUUUAAGAAGAAUAGUACGCGAAGCCACUCAUAGAUAUCAUACACUAACGGUUCCUGAAAACUCAGCCGCCAAUUGUCUCUAUAUUAAUGGCACUUUAAUUUAUAGAUCCGAAUUUACUAAUUGCGGUAACAUAUUUGAGGACAAAAUAGAUUAUAAUAAGAUUGGACUGAAAAUAUGGGAACUAUCGAAACCGGGAUCCAAUUUGACCAGUUUGGCUAUACUUGUUAGGAAAGCACGACAAAUACAUACUAUUGUUUGAUUUUGUUUUGAUUUUUAAAAAAUUGAAACAAACAUAUGAAAAAAAUAACUCAUCAUAACUUUUUUCACAAAAAACAAUAUAUAAUCAUUAACAUUCAUUAAGUAGUUUUAUCACCAAUUGAUAUUUAC